UGCUUUGAGUUGGCUUCCCGUAAUUUAUGUGUCGGGCGGUGUCAUUUUCAGGAUUUUGUUGUGUCAAGAGUAUCUACAAGUUGGCAAACAGUGCAACAGUAAGUUCGUUAUCAACCUGGGCGUUGGAUAAAUUGUUUAAUUCGCAGAAAUGUUAUCCGUCUCUACUGCCUGGGAGAGCAGGCGAUUGGUAUACUUGGCGUAAAUUCGAGCUGGUGUUCCUGAGAUAUGAGGUUUGAUAACUAGUGAUUUUAACCUUGAAAGUCGCCCUUUUGGCUCCAGGUUUAUGCACGUGUUAUUUUACAGGGCAAAAGAACGGUUGUGAUAUCCCAGGGACUUCGGUGCAUGCAGCUCGUGGGCUUUAUUUUCGCUUUGAAACUUGUCGCCGUUUUCCGGUGUCGGCCGAUAUGUCUGCUCUUCACCAUGUGCUCGGCUGCUGGCAUUAGACAGUCAUGCCGAGUAGGUGGGGAUUAAAGUCCGGAAACAACUGCUGCGGCAGCGCAAGCGCGCGCUCAGAGAUUUACUCCCAGCGGCCGAUUUAGGAACAGUUAAUCCAGCCCUUAAUCACCAGCGGCUCUGUUAUCCGAAAGGCAGACACUGAUCCUGGAUCAGUGUUUAAGGACGGGCGGGUUAAGGUUCGAAAGUCUCAAAUCCACCAAGCGCUCUAAACCCCACAGAUUGACUUUGCUCUCUGCCAAUAGCAACGCGGGGCACUUGUUUGGUAGCGAACAAGUGUGUUAAAAGUGGAGUAGCGAGCUAGUUAGCGGCAGAUAAGUAUGUUUGUGAGCGUGACGGGGGAGGGAGGCGGAGGCAAUGAAUGAGCGAAUGAGAGGCCGUCCUAAGGGCCAUCGAGGGCGCCUUUUUACCUCGCACGCUUUUGGGAAAUAUUCGUCUUCCAUCGGACCACACUAAAAUUUACUUUUAAAAGGCCUUUAGACCGUUUAUAACGUUGGACACUACGAACACAAACCGGACAAGCCAUUGGUGUGACGAGAAUGCUUUUAUUCGUCGAGGUCACCUCAAAGGGAGCAGGAUUGAACCCCAAUGCUAAAGUGUGGCAGGAGGUCCCUGCAGCCCCCAGCGAGGCACCUGCCGAUGGCAGUGAAGGCUCUCAUUGGCCCCAGACAGUGCCCUCCCCGGAUGACAUCACUGAAGGAUACUCGGACUGCUCUGCCCCUGGAUGUAAGCCCCUCCCCUUGGACUUCUCCUGCCUCACGGAUGGCAGCCCCCAAGUACCCGCAGAGAACGCAAUUAAUGGCAUGGACCCCGUCCCGGACCUUGGGUACAUCCCAUCUCACCUCACACCUGGGACUUCAGAAGGCCAGUUGCCGGAGGAGCAGCCAAUCUCGGUUGAGGCCCUGCGUGAAUCCCUAAAGAAGCAGCUGGAGUCGUGCUUCUCCCGGGAGAACCUGUCCAAGGACCUUUACCUGAUCUCUCAGAUGGACAGCGACCAGUUCAUCCCCAUCUGGACCAUCGCCAGCAUGGAGGGCAUCAAGACCCUGACCACAGACAUGGGCCUCAUCUUGGAUGUGCUCAGAUCCACGCCCAUGGUCCAGGUGGAUGAGAAGGGGGAGAAGGUGCGUCCCAAUCACAAGCGCUGCAUCAUCAUCCUGAGGGAGGUGCCCGAGGCCACGCCCGUGGAGGAAGUGGAGUCUCUCUUUAAAAAUGACAAUUGUCCAAAGGUGAUAAGCGUGGAGUUCGCACACAAUAACAACUGGUACAUCACAUUCCAGUCGGACACAGACGCACAACAGGCAUACCGAUAUUUAAGGGAAGAAGUCAAAACAUUUCAGGGAAAGCCAAUCAUGGCGAGGAUAAAGGCCAUCAACACCUUCUUUGCGAAGAACGGUUACCGCAGCCUGGACUCUGGCCUGUACUCCCAGCAGUCCCAGUCCCAGUACAGCUCGCCCCUCUACAUGCAGCAGGUGUACAGCCCUCAGCAGCAGUACCCCCUCUACGGAAUGGUCCCCCCGACAUGGACACCCUCCCCGACGCCGUACUUCGAGACCCCCCUGGCACCCUUUCCCAACAGCGGCUUCGUCAACGGAUUCAGCUCUCCCGGCCACUACAAAACCAACUCCAGCUCCCUGAGCACCGGCAGGCUCUUCAGCCGGAACCGUGCUCCACUCUAUUCCAGAAAGAAUGUACUAAAUGCCUUCAGGAACCACGUGAAGCCUCAGCCCAGAACCAGCGAUUUGGCCUCGCCCUCCGGAUCUCCUGUUCCGCUGGUGGACGGCACGUCGGGGGCCCGCAGCCCCCUGCCCCCACGCACCGGUGGUCCCGAGCUGAGCCCCUCCUUCCCCUCCAGGGACGCCCACCUCUCGCCUCCUGAGAUCAGCGAGGAUGGCGGUUUGGCCGGCAGGGGCAGGAGGGGCCCGUUCCGGGGGAUGAGGAGGAAGAGGGACGAUGACCGCACCACGAGGCCACUCCCACUAGCUGAGGUCAAAGUUCAACAGCCCAAAUUUGACCUGGCAACGUCCAGCUUCCCCCCACUGCCCGGCUGUGUGGUCAGAACGCAGGGGGGGGAGCCUGUUCUGGAGAACCGCCUGUCGGACGUGGUGCGCGGCCUGAACAAGGAGAAGCCGGACGCGCCCAAAGAGCCUGCCGUCGGGUCUUCCGCCAUCCCUGAAGAGGCGAUCCGCAUCUCCACCCCCGCCCAGCCGGCCUGCAAACCGGCCCCGCCCGCCUCAGACCACCCCGCCUCCAGCAGUGCAAGCCGCCCGGAGAAGAAACUGGAAAAGGCGGAGCCCCCCGUGUCAAAAGAAACGCCCCCCGCUGCAGCCCCUUCCUCAGGCCCCGCCCCCCCAGCCCACACGCAGCACCCUCCCAGCACCAAACCUGCACGCGCCCCAGCUGGCCCCGCGACCGUCACGCCCACCCAGGCCCCGCCCACCACCGCGGCUCCUGCCCCGACACAUCCUGAGCCCCGCAAACUGAGCUAUGCGGAGGUGUGCCAGCGGCCGCCCAAGGACCCGCCCCCUCCCUCCUCUGGCUCCGCCCCCCCGGCCUCCCAGCCCCUGCGCGAGCUGCGCGUCAACAAGGCGGAGGACCCCGCCCCCGCGAGCAGCAGCCCCGGCGAGCGGCAGGAGAAGCCCGCGGAGCGGGGCGGCGGCGGCGGCGUGGAGGGCAAGGCCAGCGAGAACCGGCCGGCCCGCGACUCGCCCGGGGGCCACCGCGCCCACGGGCCCCCCAGGACGGGAGCCGGAGGCCUGAAAGUCCGGGACCAGAGACGGCCCCCCUUCGCCCGCCGCGGCUCCCCGCAGGGGGCGCCCCCUCCCUCGGGAAAAGAGCAGAACAUCCCGCCACAAUCGCCAAAGUAAAAAAA